AUGAGCAGAACGUACCAGGUCGUGAAAUUCAAGACCAUCGAUGGCCUUUGGUUGAGAGGUAGGAUCUAUCCGGCAGCCCAACGCGGGCCCGCCGUCAUCCUCAAUCCUGGGUACAACGGCGUUGUGGUCAAUUUUGCGCCAGGCGUGCCCGAAGAGUUCCAGAAAGCAGGCGUCACGGCUUUCAUCUAUGAUCCACGCAAUACAGGCAGAAGCGGUGGUUUCCCACGCAACGAUAUUGACCCAUUCAAGCAAGCGGAGGACUACUCUGAUGCAUUCACGUUCCUCAGUCAACAGCCGAUCGUGAACGCCGAGCAGAUUGUUUAUUUUGGCAUCUCGCUCUCAGCUGGCAUCGCCUUGGCAGCUGCUGCGAUUGACCGAAGGGCGGCGGCGGUCAUAGCCGUUGCGCCAGUCUUUGAGUUCACGCCGAUCACACCGGCAGAUGCUCAGAGACUGAAGUUCAAGUUGAUGAAGGACCGAGAGUCGCAGGUCAAUCAUGGAACUCCGCCUUACAUUCUGCCGAUUCUGGAGUCUGUGGCAUUCCUGCCAUUCAAUUCUCAUAUCAGCAUCACCGACGAGGAGCGGCGCAAGGAGGAAGAUGAAUACCAUCGUCAUCUGGCCGAUUGCUGGAAAGAGGAAGACUCCGAGCAAGUCGCCUAUGAUCCGACACUUACGCACAACGCGUAUGGAACAAGCUUACAAUCCUAUCACCGCAUGUUCUUGUGGGAAUCCAUCCCGCUGGCUAUGAUCAAGCAGAUCAGCCCGAUGCCGUUGUUCAUGCUGACUCCCGAACUCGAUCAGAUCUCCCCCAUGGCCCGGCAGACGGAGGUUUUUGACUCACUGCAGGGACCUAAGCGCCAAAUGAUUGCACCCGGCAGAGAGCAUCUUUACAUCCUUAACGGGCCAGAUAUGCCUACCUUGGUGAAGUGGCAGUGCGACUUCGUUUGGCAGGUCGUCAGAGGUCGCUUUAAGAGCGCAACUUCAUGUGAGACAGUACCGGAGAAGAUGGCAUCCAGUGUUUCGGUCAGCGAACCUCAAGCCGUCAGCAACUGA